ACCACCCAAAAAAAAAAAAUAAUAAAUUAAAAAAACUUUUGAUCUGAAAAUCUUCCUAGAGGAAAGAAAAUUAAUUUCUUUUAUCUUGCCUAUCUGAUUGAUUAUCUUCCCUAGUGGAGUUUUUCUAUAUUCAUGUAUUUUUAUCAUGUUAUGUUUUGUUUUUCUUAAUAUUUUUUUCUUGCUUCAUUUAAUUAAAAUUCCUUGAAAACAAUGGAAAUGAUGACAUUGGAAUAUCUCAAUAUCUUUUUAAAUUAUUUUUUGUGAACAUUUUGCUUUUUGUGUAUGAUGUAAACGUAAAAUUUUAGAUUAUUUCUUUUUGGAUGUACAUUAGGUUGAUCAAAAUCCAAAUAUGAAUUAUUAGAUCUAUUUGUUAGGGGAUUCAUAUAGUUUUACUAUUAUCAAUUAGCCAAUAGCGAAGCCAGAAAUUUCGUUAAGGGUGUUAUUUUGACCUGUAUGUAGUAUAAUUUUCUGAUAGAAGGUGUUCAACUGACUACCCUUAUCGGAAUUUUUGUUAACUAUCAUCAAUUAACCAGUAGCGAAGCCAGAAAUUUCGUUCAAGGGUGUUAUUCUGACAUGUAUAUACGGUAUAAUUUUCUGAUAGAAGGCGUUCAACUGACUACCCUUAUCGGAAUUUUUGUUAACUAUCAUCAAUUAGCCAGUAGCGAAGCCAGAAAUUUCGUUAAGGGUGUUAUUCUGACCUGUAUAUACGGUAUAAUUUUCUGAUAGAAGGCACUCAACUGACUACCCUUGUCGGAAUUUGGCAUGUUUGAUGUGUUCUUUUGUUGUCGUUGUUGUUGUUGUUGUUAUGUUUAAUGGCUGAAUUUGGCAUGACAAUGUCGCGAUACGACGUAGAAUGUUUACAAGAAACACUUUGUCGUCAUGAACAACUUAUAGAUAAGCUGUACAAUGAGUUAGAUGAAGAAAGUGAAGCCUCAGCUAGUGCAGCAAGUGAAGCAUUGUCGAUGAUUUUACGUCUACAAGGCGAAAAGGCUGCAGAAGAAAUGGAAGCCGAACAGUAUAAGAGGUUCGUCGAAGAGAAAAUGAGUCAUGCAGAAGAAUCGUUAUCCAUUUUACAAGAACUUAUUAAUCAAAAACAGAUGGAGAUUGCUGAAUUGGAUUAUCAUGCACGAGCUUAUCGGUAUAAGCUACUGAGUAUGGGCUAUGACGAUGAUGAUAUUGAUGUAAGUGAUAUAGAUUUCGAUGGAGAAAUGAGUUUUCGGUCUAUUGGGAGGUGUAGGUCUGAUCCGAAUAUCCCACUGAAAUAUGCUAGUGUGAAGAAGAGCGAAAAAAUCAGUCCAAAACGCGGUAUGAAUGAUGUUACAACGGUUGGUACUAUAGGUUUGUACUGUGAGCAGAUCGAAAAGUUGGAAGAAAGAGUGAAACAGAUUGCUGGUGCUAACUGCGCGAAGUUGUCUAGUUUACCGGCUUCUAAGAGAAGCUCGUGUAACAAUUUCUUGGAGCAUUAUAAAGAAAUGUACCUUGUUGAUCAGCGUCAAGUGAAUAAAUCAGAAAACGAAGGUGCUGCUAGUCGUUGUGGUUCUCCUCCGAAUGUUCUUGAUGUCUUUGAAGUCCCUCGAGCGAUUAAAGACGAAGAUUUUGUUCCAAAGGAUGCUGAAAGAAAACUUGUUGAAGAUGAAACAGCAGAGAUUCAUCGCGCCAAUAGGACAACGUUUGAGAUAGCUGAAGUACUCAAGAGACAAGGUACGAGGGAAGAACCGCGCGGCCAUGAAGAGCUAAUGUGGUUACAUGACAUUAAAGAGAAACUUAAGUUAGCACCUUUGCAGCUGCAGCAUGAGAACAAGUUACAUAGAGUUGGUGAAGCUGCUUCUCCUACGACGAGUGCUUCAGAAACAGCAGAAAUUCGUCGUGUCAAUAGGACGAGGUGUGAGAUACCGGAAGUUGAGAGACAACGUACGAGGCAAGCACCCGAUAGACGUGAAGAGCUAAUGUUGCUACAUGUGCAGCAUGAGAACAAGAUACGUAGAGUAGGUGAAGCAGCUUUUCCUACAACUAGUGCUUCAGAUAUGGCAGAGAUUCGUCGUGUCAAUAGGACGGGGUUUGAGAUACCGGAAGUUGAGAGACUACGUACGAGGAAAGAACCCGAUAGACGCGAAGAACUAAUGUUGCUACAUGACAUUAAGGAACAACUAAAUUUAGUGCCUUUGCAGCAUGAGAACAAGACUCCUACAACAAGUGCUUCAGAAACGACAGAGAUUCGUCGUGUCAAUAGGACAAUCUUUGAGAUACUGGAAAGUGAGAAACAUCGUACGAAGCAAGAAACCGAUAGACACGAUGAUCUAAUGCUGUUACAUGACAUUAAGGAACAGCUAAAUUUAGUACCUUUGCAGCAUGAGAACAAGACUCCUACAACUAGUGCUUCAGAAACGGCAGAGAUUUGUCGUGGCAAUAGGACAAUCUUUGAGAUGCCGGAAGUUGAGAAACAUCGUACGAGGCAAGAACCCGAUAGACACAAAGAGAUAAUGUUGUUACAUGACAUUAAGGAGCAACAAAAUUUAGUACCUAUGCAGCAUGAGAAAAAAUUACACAUAGGUGAAGCUGCUUCUCCUACAACUAGUGCUUCAGAAACAGCAGAUAUACGUCGUGUCAAUAGAACGAUUUCUGAGACAACUGAAGCUGAGAGACAACGUACUAGACAAGAACCUAAUAGCCACGACGAGCUAAUGUUGUUACGUGAGAUUAAGGAGCAACUAAAUUCGAUGCAAUCUGACAUCAAAAGCUGGAAAUCUAACAAGUCCUCUCCAAGAGAUCUGUAGUUUCUCUAACGGAGGUGAUGGUUUACUUUUGGCUCUGAUCCUACUUUCGAGUUGAGACAGUCGGUGUCUCGGAGCCAAGAUUUUCACAAAGGAAAUUCAAAAUAAUAUAGAAGUAAACACACGAAGAAGCCAAGUGGAUUCAAUUCAACGUAUACUCUAUAUAUACAUACAAAUAUAAUUUUUCUCUUGUAUAUACUGCAUAACUUUCCGGCUAAACGGGAUUCAGAUGAACCCCUUUGUGCCUCGCUAGCUCUGCACCAUGUUGAGUACAAGUAUUUUCGGCUUGUUCACAAGAAUGGUCGCGAAGGGAUAUCGCUAGUAUAAACUUUGAUUGUAAGUGGCUGUAAAUUUUGUAUAUUUCAUGAAUCUGCAAAGAUAUAGAGCUUCUUAAUCUGUUAUUAGGUUCCCUACAGUUUUGUAUAAUGCAAAUUUCUUACUGGCAAAUGACUCUACAGAAGUAUGUUUUUGAUACUAAUGGC